AGCAAGAUAGCUCACUACCAAAAGAAAAGAAAAUUCAAACUCGGACGUCAAACUGUUAUGACAAAACUCGGUGCUAAGAGUAUCCACACAGUCCGUGUCCGUGGUGGCAACAUCAAACAUCGUGCCCUUCGAAUCAAGAGUGGAAACUUUGCUUGGGGAUCUGAAUGUGUGACAAAGAAGACCCAAGUGAUUGGUGUCGUCUACAACUCGACAAACAAUGAAUUGGUUCGAACAAACACCUUUGUUAAGGGUGCUAUCAUUCAGAUUGAUGCUACUCCUUUCCGCCAGUGGUAUGAGGCUCAUUACGGUCAGCCUGUCACCAAGAAGGGCAAGGCAAGCCUUAGUCAUGCUCCUAAGGAGAAAUCCAAAGCUGUCUUGAAAAAGCUCGAACAACAAAAAGCCACUGCUAAGAUCGACCACACGUUGGAGACUCAAUUCCAAGCUGGUCAUCUUUACACCUCUAUCUCCUCUGGACCUGGUCAAAGUGGUUGA